AUGGCGCGACUGUUGACAAAAAUUUUAGUCUACUUUCUCCUCUUCGCAUCUCCCCUUUUGGCGAAUCAAUGGCCACUGCACAAUGACAGCUUGAACGAUGUCGUGCAAUGGGAUCAUUACAGCUUCGAGCUAAACGGGCAACGACUCUUUGUUUUUGCGGGAGAAUGGCACUAUUGGCGCAUUCCUGUUCCAGAGCUCUGGAUCGAUAUUCUCGAGAAGAUAAAGGCUGCUGGCUUUACCGCUUUUGCUAUGUAUGUAAAUUGGGCUUAUCAUGCUCCAAACAAUCAUACGGUGGACUUUUCGACUGGCGCUCACGACAUCACCCCAAUCCUUGAAAUGGCUAAAGAAGUAGGACUAUAUGUCCUCUUACGUCCUGGGCCUUAUAUCAAUGCCGAGACCAAUGCUGGCGGAUUUCCUCUUUGGGUUACAACUGGCGAAUAUGGCUCUCUCCGAAACAAUGAUAGCCGAUAUACGGCAGCUUGGGAACCGUACUUCACGAAGAUUUCUGAAAUCACCAGUAAAUAUCAGAUUUCGAGCGGGGGAAACGUUAUAACAUACCAGAUUGAAAACGAGUUCGGCGAUCAAUGGACUGGUUCACCGUCUCUGAGAGUUGAAUACGAGCCGGCAGCUAAGUAUAUGGAGCUUCUAGAGGCAAAUGCCCGUCAGAAUGGGGUAGAUAUACCUCUCAUCGCUAAUGAGCCGAAUGUACGGGCCAUUUCGUGGGGAAAAGAUUGGUCAAAUAGUUCGGCGAAUGUCGAUGUUGUCGGUCUGGAUUCUUAUCCAUCGUGCUGGUCGUGUGAUCUGAGUGUCUGUACUGGAACUAAUGGCGAAUAUAUUGCCUAUGAAGUAGUAGACUAUUACGACUAUUUCCAGGAGACACAGCCGACAAUGCCAUCUUUCCUUGCAGAAUUCCAAGGAGGUUCGUACAACCCGUGGGGAGGACCUGCCGGCGGCUGCCCUGGAGACAUCGGGCCCGAUUUUGCCAAUCUUUUCUAUCGAUGGAACAUUGGUCAGCGAGUUACAGCAAUCAACUUGUACAUGAUCUUCGGAGGGACCAAUUGGGGAGCAAUUGCUACCCCAGUGGUAGCUACAAGUUAUGACUACUCAUCGCCAAUUUCAGAGAACCGGACCAUUGGCGCGAAAUAUUAUGAGACAAAAUUGUUGACAAUGUUUACUCGCGCAGCAAAAGAUCUCACGGUCACCGAUCUGGUCGGGAACGGAACACAGUAUUCCACCAACUCAGCUGUUCAGGCAUACGUGAUUAAAAAUCCAAACACUAAUGGUACAUUCUAUGUCACGCUUCAUACCAACUCUUCCUCAUCCACGGACGAAACUUUCCAACUGCGGGUCCAAACCUCCUUCGGAGCGCUCUCAGUACCCAGAUAUGGAAAUUCAAUCCAGUUAAACGGGCAUCAGUCCAAAAUUAUCGUGACAGAUUUCCAAUUCGGUUCCCACAAGUUACUCUACUCCACUGCUGAGGUCCUGACUUAUGCUGUUUUGGAUGGUAUUCCGACUCUUGCCCUUUGGGUACCGACUGGUGAAUCUGGAGAAUUCUCAGUACUGGGUGGCAAGUGGGCGUCGGUGCAGCGGUGCGAAGGAUGUUCUGGGGUAGGGUUUUAUCCUGGGCAGGAUUCCAGCAACCAAACCGGUAGCGAACUCACUGUCUCCUUCACACAAGGCCAAGGCAUGAGCGUCAUUGAAUUGGAUACAGGUGUUCGAGUUUUGCUACUUGAUCGAGAGUCUGCAUACUACUUUUGGGCACCGGCUCUGAACACGGAUCCGUCUGUCCCAGCAGAUCAAAGUGUCCUUAUCCAGGGUCCGCAUCUCGUCCGUAGUGCAAAGAUUGACGGUUCGACGAUUCACCUGAAGGGUGACUCAGCCCAGGCGAGCCCCAUUGAAGUUUUUGCAUCAAAGCAGGUACAGGUUAUUUUUUGGAACGAUAAGGAGCUCAAAACAUCCAAAACUUCAUAUGGCAGUCUUCAAGCUUCACUGCCGCAGCCGCCCACGAUCAAGCUUCCAUCCCUUGGACCUUGGAAAUACAACGAUAGUCUGCCAGAGAAGGCUCAAGACUAUAAGGAUACUAGUGCGGCCUGGAUAUCCGCCGAUCAUUUGAAUACGUCGAAUCCUACUGUUCCCACCACUUAUCCAGUGCUAUAUGCUGAUGAAUACGGUGACCCUCCUGAAUGUUUCCACAAUUCAAUCCGUAUAUGGCGUGGCUACUUUACUGGAAAUGCUACAGGUGUUAUUUUGAGCGUACAAGGAGGAGAUGCUUUUGGUUUCUCUGUUUGGCUCAACGGCCAAUUCUUGGACUCAUACCUUGGAGACGCGUCUGUUGAACAGAGCAAUCUCACACUUCCAUUUGAUGUUAGCCACAUCAGCACAUCUUCAGAAAACGUUCUCGUCGUCGUACACGAUGAUACCGGACAUGACGAGACCACAGGAGCUCUUAACCCACGCGGUAUCCUUCAAGCCACAUUAGUGUCGGAGAACGGCUCUGUCAAAUUCAGUCAAUGGCGAGUUGCUGGUACCGCAGGUGGAGAGACCAACAUAGAUUCGACGCGUGGCCCGUACAAUGAAGGUGGUUUAUACGCUGAGCGAAUGGGAUGGCAUCUUCCCGGCUUCAAGGACGAUUCAUGGUCCGGUACAGGAUCUCAGCUCAACUUUACUGCGGCUGAUAUCAAAUUCUACCGCACAAAUGCACCUCUGAAGAUCCCCGAGGGCGCAGAUGUCUCAAUAUCUUUUGAGCUUUCUGCUUGCGGGACCACUGAUGCAUUCCGCGCGCAGCUUUUCGUGAACGGUUAUCAAAUGGGUCGGUUCAAUCCAUACAUUGGUAAUCAGAUUGAGUUCCCUGUUCCUCCUGGUAUUCUUGACUAUACAGGUGAUAAUACCAUCGGACUCUCUCUCUGGGCACAAACAGAGAGUGGAGCCUGCGCUAGUGUUGACUGGAAAAUCAACUACGUUCUGGAGAGCUCUUUGGAUGUCACCUUUGAUGCCGAGUAUCUGCGACCAGGGUGGACUAGUGAAAGGCUACAAUACUCGUAG